UAUGUUAUAUACUUGAAACAUACAAUCCACGGCCAGUCAUGAGCAAUCGAGAUUGAACGAAACUUGUACUUGCAUAUACAUCCGGAGGAAAAGGGCACAGUUUCUGAGAGCCCAACCUAGGUAACGGGUGUAUCACAACUCGUGGAACUUGUCCUUGAAAAAGCAUGGCCUAUCUCGUAGUCCAGAGCCUGGAGAGUCUCGUUAUCCUGAAGCCAGGAGAUGUCGGCCCCUUCGGGUGGGUCACCGCCGACGCCUCCCGGGACCGAGUCGGACUUAAGUGGAUACUACUCCGUCGGUACCCAGCCCCGAGCUGCCGCGCACCAGGCAGAAGCUCACGUGCCGACCAAGCGACAUCCAUCCUUCCCGACUACAAGUUACUUGCCACUUUAUCCUACCUUGCCCUACCCUGCCUCCCUAACAACGAAGGUCUUUUAUCCGAGACUUCAAAGGUCCCUCUGUCAUCCGCCAUUCAUCUAUGUAGUAUCCGGAACUUUGUUUUCUUGGACGCCCAAAGAAACCCGUUCUUUGGUUCGGCCUCUCGCCGCCACUUUCUGGCAUUUUUUCUGCAACAUAUCUCGCCAUUAUUCAGCUCAGUCGAAGUCGAGUUCUCGCAUACAGUUGAUCAAGUACCACCACCACCACUUCCUCCUCAAUUCCACGAACACGCGGGUCCCACUCCGACGCCGCAGACUUCCGAGAGGAGUCAGGCAGCAGAAAAUUCCGUCGAUGUCGAACGCGAGUGUGGCGUCCCGCUGCGCGAGGGUCGUCGGUGUGGUGGCUCUCUGGCUUGCAAGAGACACUCAAUGGGCUCGAAACGGGCGGUGGCUGGGAGGUCUGCGCCGUAUGAUCAGUUGCUUGCUGCUUUUAUGGAACGGAGGAGAGCUGAGAGGGCUUCAGAAGAGUCGGUUUGAGGCCUUUGCGCGAUGGUUUGCUGUUGGCACGAGAUGUCAGUUGUGCGGAUGGUAGGGUGAGGUCGAUUCGAGCCGGUAGCAGAUGAACAUAGGGUUGAUCCGCAAAAAUGAGUCCAACAGUCUUAUUGCUACUCCUUGGGAGGUGGUAGGUUUCCCAGCCAAAGGCACAACGUCCGCCUUGGCUUCCGGACCGAACGG